AGCAUGGAGGCCAGUCUUGAGGUGGCGGAAGAGACCGAUCUCCGAAUCCCAACUCCAUGCUUCAGAAUGUACUGCUUGUUGCUGCUCAACGCCAACAUGUAGAAGAAACAAGGGAACACGACCCACAACACUCAGUCGCUGCCCCAAAUGACCUCCGAACUGCUCAACUCAAUACCAUGCAGCAACAAUUUGGAGCUCAAAAUGCCUCGGAUGCCCUCAUGUGCAAAAUAUUGUCAUCCGUGUUAUGUGGUAAUACUCGAACCUGGUAUUAUAGUCUGAAACCAAACUCAAUCAGUUCAUAUGUCAAGAUGGCAAUGGCCUUCACCACCAAAUUUUCCAGUCAGAGGCUCAUUAAGAAAACAACAACCGAGCUAAUGCAGGUGGUCCAGAGGGAAGGAGAAUCCCUAAAAAAUUACAUAAACAGGUUCAAUGAUACUGUGCUGGAGAUGAAUUCGUUUGACCAAGCUGUGGGAAUCGCCGUCAUCACCCAAGGGCUUAGCCAUGAGCGGUUUCGAGACAGUUUGAUCAAACAACCCUUGCUUCAUUUGAAGAGAAGCCCCACGUGGAUGGAAAAAGGGCCGAGCAAGAAGAAAUUCAAAGCCAUUCAGAAUCGAGAUCCGCUCUCAACCGCCAAGGUUGACAAGCCUGGUACGGGGGUCGAGUACCAACAACCUCCACCUCCGCUCCCCACACCAGCUAGAAUCAUUCAUAUGAAAAAUGGGGCGCUAGAGGCAGGGGAGAUGAGCUCAAAGCAGCAUAAAUUCUACAUGAGGGAGGUUAGGCAUCAGAAUCAAGCUCAGAAGAGGAAGCUCCACGAUGAAGGGUGGAAAGACCAACCCAUAACAUUCACAUCGGCUGACCUCGGCAGCAUCAUUACACCCCAUAAUGACCUGCUGGUAACGACAGUCAUCGUCAACAACUGUGAAGUCCAUCGUGUCCUUGUUGACAUUAAAAGUGCUCCUGAUAUAAUGGGGAACCAAGAAGUGGCCAAACACUGCUAUAUGACCUUGAUCAACCGACCUCGAAAGGAUAAGGAGUCAGUUCAGUUACUAGAACCAAUGCAAUCAGAGGCACCUAGUACUCAACAAGUAAUGGGUGUGGAGUUAUUAGAUAACAGGCCAGAUGACGAAGCCAGAGCUGCCCUGACCUCAGCCGACAUGCCUAAAGUCCCGACCUCAGUUGCGGUACACAAGUUAAGCAACAAUCCUCUGAAGAAAUCGGUAGCUCAAAAGAGACGUCUAUUCGGAGGAGAGAAACUGCAAGCUAUUAGAGAAGAAGUGCAAAAGCUAUUACAGGCCGGAUUCGUAAGGAGGGUAGAUUACUGUGAAUGGGUCGUUAAUCCUGUUAUGGUAAAAAAGUCGAACGACAAGUGGCGAAUGUGUAUCGUUUACACCAAUCUCAAUGACGCCUGCACUAAAGAUUGUCACCCUAUGCCUAACAUAGACAAGCUAGUAGAGGCUGCCUUAGGAAAUGAAAGAUUGAGACUCUUAGAUGCUUACUUGGGGUAUCAUCAAGUUCACAUGGCAUCCGAAGACGAAGUGAAGACCUCAUUUUAUGCUGGGGAUGAAAUCUAUUGUUACAAACUUGGAGGUUUACGUAGAGACAUUGUAGUCAAAAGUCCUCGAGAAGAAGAUCACUUGACUAACUUGGUUGAGACAUUCAACAACCUUAGAAGAUAUAGCAUGAAGUUGACUCUGACGAAAUGCACUUUUGGUGUUGAAUCAGGCAAGUUUUUGGGUUUUAUGGUUUCCAGAAGGAGGAUAGAGGUCAAUCUUGGGAAGAUAAAAGCAAUAAAGGAGAUGAAACCGUCGAGGUCAAUCAAGGAUGUGCAGCAUUUAAUUGGACGGGUAGCAGUUCUACACAGAUUCAUCUCUAAAUCGGCGGAUAAAUGCUUGCCCUUCUUCAAGGUCUUGAGAGCCGUAGCCCAGGGAGAUGAGACAGGAAAACCCUAGAAGUUUAACUGGACUACAAAUUGUCAAAUAGCCUUUGAUAGGCUCAAAGCCAACCUUAGCUCGCCACCUCUGCUGACUAAGGCUAAAGAAGGUGAAAUUCUUUAUCUUUACCUCAAGAGAUCUGAUACAGCUGUCAGUUCUGUUUUCGUCAAGGAAAUGGGGAAAUAACAGUGACCAGUAUAC